AUGGAUACCCCCAGGGUCCUGCUCUCGGCGGUCUUCCUCAUCAGUUUCCUGUGGGAUUUGCCCGGUUUCCAGCAAGCUUCCAUCUCAUCCUCCUCGUCGUCCGCUCAGCUGGGCUCCGCCAAGGGAAUGCGAAGCCGCAAGGAAGGGAAGAUGCCGCGGGCGUCGCGAGAGAGUGCCACGGCCCGGGCGCCCCUGGAGCGGCAGGAGCCACAGCCGAGGCCGCAGGAGGAGUCCCGGCGGCGGCCGCCACAGCAGCUCGAGGCUCAGGAGCCUCCGGGCAGGGGCCCGCGCGUGGUGCCCCACGAGUACAUGCUGUCAAUCUACAGGACUUACUCCAUCGCCGAGAAGCUGGGCAUCAAUGCCAGCUUCUUCCAGUCUUCCAAGUCGGCUAAUACGAUCACUAGCUUUGUAGACAGGGGACUAGACGAUCUCUCGCACACUCCUCUCCGGAGACAGAAGUAUUUGUUUGAUGUGUCCACGCUCUCAGACAAAGAAGAGCUGGUGGGCGCGGAGCUGCGGCUCUUUCGCCAGGCGCCCGCAGCGCCCUGGGGGCCGCCGGCCGGGCCGCUCCAAGUGCAGCUCUUCCCCUGCCUGUCGACCCUGCUGCUGGACGCGCGGACCCUGGACCCGCAGGGGGCGCCCCGGGCCGGCUGGGAAGUCUUCGACGUGUGGCAGGGCCUGCGCCACCAACCCUGGGAGCAGCUGUGCUUGGAGCUGCGUGUCGCGUGGGGCGAGCCGGGAGCCGGCGAGGCCGAGGCGCGCGCGCCGGGGCUCCAGCAGCCACCGCCCCCGGACCUGCGGAGUCUGGGCUUCGGCCGGAGGGUGCGGACCCCACAGGAGCGCGCCCUGCUCGUGGUGUUCACCCGAUCCCAGCGCAAGAACCUGUUCGCCGAGAUGCGCGAGCAGCUGGGCUCGGCCGAGGUUGCGGGCCCGGGCGCGGGCGCCGAGGGGUCGUGGCCGCCGCCGUCGGGCACCCCGGACGCCGGGUCUUGGCUGCCCUCGCCCGGCCGCCGGCGGCGGCGCACAGCCUUCGCCAGCCGCCACGGCAAGCGGCACGGCAAGAAGUCGAGGCUGCGCUGCAGCAAGAAGCCCCUGCACGUGAACUUCAAGGAGCUGGGCUGGGACGACUGGAUUAUCGCGCCCCUGGAGUACGAGGCCUACCACUGCGAAGGCGUGUGCGACUUCCCGUUGCGCUCGCACCUGGAGCCCACCAACCACGCCAUCAUCCAGACGCUGAUGAACUCCAUGGACCCCGGCUCUACCCCGCCCAGCUGCUGCGUGCCCACCAAACUGACUCCCAUCAGCAUCCUGUACAUCGACGCGGGCAAUAACGUGGUCUACAAGCAGUACGAAGACAUGGUGGUGGAGUCCUGCGGCUGCAGGUAGCGGCGCCUUCCCUGCCGCCUUGGCCUGGGACCGCUGGGGAGGCCUGACUGCAGAGAAGCGGAGGAGGAGCUAGCCUUGGACGAGGCAGAGAGUGGGGUAACAGCCUGGGCUUUCAGCCGGGUGGGAGACCAGGGAAUUCCGCCUUUCCAGAACCUUCCACCUGCCAGCCCAGAGGGAGAGACGGAUUUUUCACACCUUGCCCGGCCACCCUGGAAAAACAAGCCAAGGAGGAUUUCUUUAGUUUUU